CACCAGGCCCUUCGAUGAGGAGCUGGGGAUGAGGCCUGGGUCGCGCUCGGGCUAGGGGGUAGUGGUGACAGGAGGGGGCGGCGAUGAGUGAAGGAAGCCCGCUGUCUGCCCGAGAGGACCUCUCGGAGCCUUGGGGUGGGGAGCCAGGGCAGAGAGUGGGUUCUGCUGAGGAAGAGUGUCCAAGGUUCACCCGGGGGCGCCUAGAGGCCUCGGCCAUUCAGUCCAGGGGAAAAGAGGCAGGUGCUUCCCUGAAGGCACAGUGACAGGUCCAGUAAGCAGGGGACAAGGAAGAAGAGCUCCAAGGGAAAGGGAGCAGGCCUCUACCUUCCCCUAGAUGUGGGGGCGAUAGGAAGACACCUAAGGGUCCAGAUCUGUGAGGGAAUAAAAGAGAGCUUGGAGUAGUACCUCAUAUAGGUAGAGAGCAGGGUGAUGUGGCCUGUCGCGGAUGGGGAAACCUGAGUUUUUGAGGACCGGAGAGAAGAUGAUUGUUGGGAAGAAGGCUAGCAUAUCCCCGCUUUCUAAAACGACGGGGGAAUUGGCCUGGUGUUUCCUAAUUGAGGGGCAGGAGAGGUGAGAGCAGACUCGUGAGGGUCCUGGAGUGUGAUCCAUCCAGACUAAGACACGUCAAGUCUUGAUCAUGGGAAGCCUUGGCUGUCUAAGGAGGAGGAGGAGGAGGAGGCAUUCUCUCAAGAUGAGAGAAAUUCAAAAACACUUCCUAACAGACAAACAGGGGCCUUAACUCGUGUUUAUUUAGGAGAACCAAGAAGUGGCAUUUUCCUCCUUAACCUGGAGGAUUAAGGAAAGAGAGGAUCAGCUUAUUUUAGUCUCACAGGAUUCUUUUCUCUCUCUUUGCUUAUGGAACGUUUGGGGGACUUUUUCAUUAAAUUGUUGGACUGACCUAACUUGUCAGCCUUUUAUCGAUUAUGUGUAUUUAAUCUCUACUGACUUGACUUUUUUCAUUAGUUACCUGUUAGUUGGCUUACUCGUGUUUACAGCAAACAUAUUGAAUAGCCAACUUGUACUCAGCUUCAUGGAGUUAGUUUGGACUGUGUUUUAUUCUUGUCCUAAGAAGAAAUCUCCUCAACUGUAGUAUGUUGACCCUUCAAAAAACCCUUUUUGCAGUUGCUUCUCCAAACACCUACAGAGUGGUCACUAUUAAGUGAUUUAUCCGAAACUUCAUUUGCUCUGGCUUUUUACCUCAGUGGUCCUGUGUAGUGAUCUGUUGGCUUCAUUACAUCUGGUAGCGCCCUGGAUCACCUAGUAAAUACACGAAACAGAAUAAAGAAGGAAAAAAAUCAAGGAGUUUUGACCUCCUGUAAUAAUAAAGUUUUUAAGUUGGAAAUUUCUUAGAAUAGGCUACAUAGUCUACCAAAAUUUAAGUAUGAAACAAAUACAUUUUGGAGUUAGAAAAUUUCAGGAUAUAUGGUAUUUCUAUGACUCCCUCUCAGCUACCAACUAUCAUGUUCCUAUGAUCAUGUGACACUUGUGCUUACAUCUUGCCAUGUUUUUUAAACUUUUCAGAACACAAAAAUGAAUUUAAUCCAGAGUAGGUCAGGUAUCAUUGAUUUAAUUUUUUGAUAGUUUAUGUGAGUAAUCAUGUAGUUACUUUCAAGGUGUCUUGUCUUUGAAAAUAACUACAAAUAAUUCUUCCUUUUCACAGAAGUUUGACAUAUUUCCCUUAUGUGUGUUCUCUAGAAUUACAGAAUGUUGUGUGAUUCCACAAUGAAUACUCCAAGGUCCCAUCCAUAAAAUACCCAAAGGAGCAACUUACUCAUCUUCCCUUAGUUUUUGUUGCUAUAAACAAGAGCCACUUUUCAAUUUACACUCAGCUCAAAGAAAUGACCUUCCAAUUAGCCAGUGUAGUCUGUAGAGCUGGUUAAGGUUUCUUGCUUGGAAUAUGGUAUUUAGGGUAGUAAGAGAUAUUCAACCCAAACUUGCUUCUCUGAGGAAUGUAAGAAUUGCCAUGUGGGAUCAGACCUGUGUCUCUGACUGACAAUGAGAGACUUAUUGUGGAUGAUUAUAAUUAUCUUUUCUGGUAAACUCUCAGAAGGUUAGAAAAGCAGCCAUAAUAUUGCUUUUGAGUUCCAAGGUGUGGGAGGGGUAAGAAGUAAAAUAUGAGUUCUUAUUGAGGAAAGUAUCAAUCAAGAAGUUAGUCAACCACUUAUUCAGAGUAUUGUAGAGAGAGAACUCAACCUUAGGGUAGAAGGUUGAACUAGAAGCAUCCUUCUAAUUUUGCUUUUCUAAUCCAUUAAUUUACCUAUGCUGUUAAUUUAACAUUUAAACCACUUUUUUGAAAUAAUAAAUUAUCUGUGAUUGUUAUAUGCUAAAGUAUUAUAUCUUUUAAAUUCGUUGAAUAUGUAGCAGGAUAGUGCUUGACAACAAAUAAGUGUCUGACAAAUGUUAGCUGUGAUUAUUUCAAUUCAUCCUACAUUUUUAUGGUUCAAACUUUAAAGAUAUCGAUCAGUUCACUUAUUUUAGGAUUUGAUGGCAUUUUAUACUUCAUUAUAUUCCUUUUGGCAUUUUCUAGACUCAAAGGUCCUAAUCAUUUAGGUUCUGUUUCUGGCAGCCAGCCAAACUGGUCCAUUGAUUCCCCAUCCCCCCAACUCCAGUUUUAAACUUUUAAUUUACAGAAGUUCAGAUUGUAUAUUCUAGUAUCUUGUAAUUGCUUUUUUCCUCUACUGUAUGACAGUAUCACAUAUCUCUUUCCCUUCUGUAGUUCCUUAAGAGCAGAUACCAUCCCUUUUCAUAUCUAAGGAGCCUAACUGUCCGAUGUGAUUUCUCCCCAUCAUUACGGCCAGUUCAAGCUUUCUAAGCAAAUUUAUGUCCCCUAAAUUAAAGAAGAAAGUUCUAGAAGUCUUUUAGGGUAAAGUGAGUCACUGACUGCAUGAAAAUUUAUUACAUACCUGCUGUGGACCAGAUUUCCUUAGAAAGUUUUAGGUAGGCAGUUCUGUAAAUAGAAGUCUGAUAUUUGAAAACUGUUGCACUUGUGGCCCUGGGCACUGAGCAUAGGGAAGCCUGUUAAAAAAGUAAAGCUGGUUUUUCUCUCCCAGGAUGCAGUCUGGUGAGGAGAGACUGACAGAGUGGGCUGAUGCUUGUGACAGGGAUGCUCCAGGCGCUGAAGGAGGCAAAAAGACCCCCUCAAAUCUAGUCAAGGAAGUCACAGAUGGCCUCUCUGAGGAAGUGAUGUUUUCAAUGUCACAAAAGUAUAGCAGUGACUUGCCAAAACAGAAAAAAAGAAUUCCAGGUAGAGCAAAUAAGUGUGAAGGCUCAGGUGAGGAAAUAUGGCAUGUUUGAGAAUUUGGAAAAAAUGCAAUGGCAGGAGCCCACAAUGUGAGAGGAAGCACUGUGGGAAGUGAGGCCAGCAGGGUGGGCAGGGGACAGAUCUGGUGGGUUUUAUAAGUCAGGGUGUUUGCACCGUAAUAGCAGCAGAGGGAGUGCCCUGAAGGGUUUUUUAAGUGGGGAAAAUGGCUUUUAGUUAGAUCAUUUUGUCUGUUAUCUAAUGAGUUGGAGAUCCGGACCAGAGGUUAGGAUACUGAUGAGAAGCAGCUGGAAAAAUCCAGCAUUCCCAGCUAUCUGACUUCAUGUGAAAGAUGGCUAAUGCAGAAGUGAGUGUCCCAGUGGGAGACGUGGUUGUGGUACCCACUGAAGGAAAUGAAGGGGAGAGCCCUGAAGAUACUAAAACCCAAGUGAUCUUGCAGUUACAGCCUGUGCAACAAGGGAUUUAUGAAGCUGGAUCUGAGAACAAUACGGCAGUUGUGGCAGUAGAAACUCACACAAUACACAAAAUUGAAGAAGGGAUUGAUGCAAGCACUAUAGAAGCAAAUGAGGAUAUGGAAAUUGCUUACCCCAUAACUUGUGGGGAGAGCAAAGCCAUUCUCCUUUGGAAGAAGUUUGUAUGUCCAGGAAUAAAUGUAAAGUGUGUCAAGUUCAAUGAUCAGUUGAUCAGCCCCAAGCAUUUUGUUCAUCUGGCUGGCAAAUCCACCCUGAAGGACUGGAAGAGAGCUAUUCGUCUGGGUGGAAUCAUGCUCAGGAAAAUGAUGGACUCCGGACAGAUUGAUUUCUACCAACAUGACAAGGUUUGCUCCAAUACCUGCAGAAGCACCAAAUUUGAUCUUCUUAUCAGCAGUGCAAGAGCUCCAGUGCCAGGACAGCAGACAAGUGUGGUGCAGACGCCCACAUCGGCCGAUGGUAGCAUCACACAGAUUGCCAUCUCAGAAGAGAGCAUGGAAGAGGCAGGGCUGGAAUGGAACUCUGCUCUCACUGCUGCUGUCACCAUGGCCACAGAGGAGGGCGUGAAGAAAGACUCAGAGGAAAUUUCAGAGGACACUUUGAUGUUCUGGAAAGGAAUAGCUGAUGUUGGACUGAUGGAAGAGGUUGUCUGCAAUAUACAGAAGGAAAUAGAGGAGCUACUUAGGGGAGUUCAGCAGCGGCUCAUCCAGGCUCCCUUCCAGGUCACAGAUGCUGCUGUUCUUAACAAUGUAGCACAUACAUUUGGCCUAAUGGACACAGUCAAGAAGGUUUUGGACAACAGGAAGAACCAAGUAGAACAGGGAGAAGAGCAGUUUCUCUAUACUCUCACAGACUUGGAACGCCAGUUGGAAGAACAGAAGAAGCAAGCCCAGGAUCACAGGCUGAAAUCCCAGACAGUUCAAAAUGUGGUACUGAUGCCUGUGAGCACUCCUAAGCCUCCCAAAAGGCCCCGGCUCCAGCGGCCAGCCUCCACCACCGUCCUGAGCCCUUCUCCUCCUGUCCACCAGCCUCAGUUCACAGUCAUCUCACCCAUCACCAUCACGCCAGUGGGUCAGUCAUUUUCCAUGGGCAAUAUUCCAGUGGCCACCCUCAGCCAGGGCUCCAGUCCUGUGACUGUCCACACACUGCCUUCUGGCCCUCAGCUCUUCCGUUAUGCCACAGUGGUCUCCUCAGCCAAGAGCAGCUCACCAGACACAGUGACCAUCCACCCUUCGUCUAGCUUGGCCCUGCUAAGCUCCACCGCCAUGCAGGAUGGGAGUACCCUGGGCAACAUGACCACCAUGGUGAGCCCUGUGGAGCUGGUGGCCAUGGAGUCUGGCCUAACCUCGGCCAUCCAGGCAGUUGAAAGCACCUCAGAGGAUGGGCAGACCAUCAUUGAGAUUGACCCAGCCCCAGACCCAGAGGCUGAGGAUACUGAGGGCAAAGCAGUCAUUUUGGAGACCGAACUGAGGACUGAGGAGAAAGUCGUGGCUGAGAUGGAAGAACACCAGCAUCAAGUCCACAAUGUGGAGAUUGUGGUCUUAGAAGAUUAACUGGGGGUCUCGGGGCCAGGAGAUAUGUUUUGGUUUGGAAUUUUAAUUAUUUGUUUAUUUUUAUCAUUGUCCCACUCAUUUCCACAUAGGAUCCUUUUUUUUAAAAAAAACAAGAUCUCAUUGUUGUAACUGAACAUGUCGGGUCCCUUCCAGCCCCUCUCUGAAAGAUGGACAAAACAAGCUGCCCUUCUGGAAGUUGAGAGUAGGUCAUUCAAUGUCCUAACCAUCUUACAUCAAGAGAGUUACUUCUUUGAGGGGAGGCAUCAAGAUAACCUGAAACCCUCUCCAGAAGUCACUUUCCAGGCUAGUCUCUCUGUGUAUACACGUGGUUUUAGUCUCAUAAAGGUGCAUUGACCAAACCAGGGAACACAGAUCUGACCCUGAAGGCAACCCACUCACACAUGGAUGCAAAAAUAUACUUGUUGUUGUAUCCUGGAACAAGCCCUCAGAGGCCAGUGCAAAACCCCCAAAAGUGAGUUGACUCUGCUUAGAGGGGAAGAUAACAAACUAGCAGAAGCUUAAAAAGGGAAGUGCUUUGGCCAGGAUGGGGCAAGGAAAUUAUCUUACUUCCAGAAGUGCUACUGAUGCCUCUUGCUGUCUCUGAGGGUUACCACCAUGGGUGCCGUUUUGAGGCAAGGCCAGUGUUAAGCGGAAGGGUACAUUUUCACCAAGCAGGUGGCGUCAGGGACCUGCAGCUUGGCAGAGAUAAGAAUCCAGAGAUGUCACAGCUGUGCUUUGGGGCUAAGGCUUACCUUGCAGCCGCUCUGUCAAAGCACUUACCCUCCUAGUCCAUUCAUUUGCAAACUGUGUUGUGGUGUAAAAUCGCUCUGGUCCUUAGACUGUGGCUGUUCUGGGCGGGUGGGGCUCCAAGGCCAUCAUUUUUAUUGCAUGACUCCAGGAGCAGGAGAGUUCCUCUUCCAGACCAACUGCCCUUUUUUGCGGGGCCCUUUCUUGACUUUGGAACCAAAAGCAGCCACUCCUUUGGUGCUUCCUCUUGUUUUCCCCUGUAUCCCUGAAUGGUUAAUGGCAUCUGUCUCCUGGAUCCCACGCUCUUCAGCUUUUUGGCUGAUUCAGAGAACAGUGACAGGUGGCUGCCUGCCUUCAUCCCCUUUUAGAUUCAUUUCUACCAUUUAUACCACAGAUGUUUCUGUGAGAUAUUGAGCUCAUAAAGGACCCUUAGGUUUGGCAGGGAGGACUCAACACCCCAGCCUAUCAAGUAGAUGUCUCCUGAGCAAGCUGGACUUCCUGGGAAAGAAGCAUUGUCUGCAGCAUUAUAUUAUAGGAAAUGUACCAGGAAUGUAACCAUAAUGUCUUUGGGUGGGGAGGGGUAUUUUGUUUUGUUCUUUUUUUAAUGUUUUUGUAUAUUUGGAGCUGGGCCCAUUUUCUGUGCUGUGAUUCUCUUUGACCAUCUUCAGUGUUUGGGGAAAGAGUGGACCCUGGUUUUUAUUUCUAAAGAAUGCAUUGUUUACUGCACUAAGAAAAAUGUAGGGAAACUGCAGACCAUUUAAAGGAAAAGUAGGUCAAAAAAGAAAGCACACAUCUUAGGAGUGGGAGAUCUUUUUUUUUUUUUUUUUAAUUAAAAACAAAACUUUGACCUGUA